AUGGGUGGAAUAAAUUUAAUGAGUAUUCUGGUGGUUUGGGGAAUAUAUUUAACGUUAAGCAUUAAAAUUGCUGACACGGCACAUAAUCUAAAUUAUAAACGAUUAAUUUUGAAAAUUUUAAGUCAUAUAAUAUGUAAGGCUAAAGGAAUGGCGUUACAAUAUUUGGUCACAACGUACUUUACAUGUAUGUUUGUCUCUUGCAUUCAUGGUUUUUGCUACCGAAAAGGUCAUCAUAUAGGCAAUAAUGGAUGGUGGAAACUCCUAUAUAUCAUUAUCAGAUUGGUGAUACCUGCUGUUCCGAUGGUUAUUGCCUAUUUUAGUAAAUCUUGCAUUUAUAGCGCUAUUAUCAAUGUCUUUGGCAAAGAAAUUUGUGGAUCGCAGGGUACCAUCAACUUAUAUUUUCUUAUUCCGUUAGCCAUUAUUCUAACGGUAUAUCUAAUCCGAAGUAGUUUAGAUAAAAAAUGGAAUCGUGCCAAGCGUACAGAGGAAACCAACAUUUAG